AUGGAGUCAGCUCCUUCGUCCUCAGUUCACGGCUUUGCGCCUCUCCCGAGGAAUAGCUCAUUCGCGGGCAUCUCGACGGCGUCCAGCGAAUCCAACGGAAGCCGGACGCCGCCGAUCACUCCGCGCACCGGCAGCUAUGACGAUGGUUUUCGAUACCGGACGAUGGUGAGCUAUCUCUACAACAGAGCCAUCGCCAGCGGCUGGAUGGCCCCAGAGUCCGUCCGCAACCACGAUGACUGUUUGGGAGUUUUGCUGCGGCGUUCGAGGGGGAAUUAUGUCACCGCGCCGAGCCCGGCUCAUCACAUGCUCCUCGAGGCGGUCGUCAAGCUGAAUCUCGCCGUGGCCGUUACACUACGUCCUCAGAUGCUCGAUGGCAUCCUGAAGGCUCUGGCCCCUGGGCAGACGGAGCUGCGUUUCAAAGGAGGGUCGCAGAUUCAGAUCAUUGACUCGCUGGGGUCUGCACACUCGUCGAGCGUCAAGAAAUUCCAGUAUGCGUGCGUCUGCCGUCAGGAGCGGCUCGUUCUUGUCUGGCAUGACGACUUGCGAAACAUUGUCCCGGUGGCGACGCAGAUGGAAGAGAAACUACUCUCUCUGGUAUGGGGAGAGGGCAAGCUGCCAUUUAGCAUUCUUCAGAUGCCCAGCAAUGCUCCCUCGACCAUGUCUUCCGGCAUUUCCAGCCCCAACGGCACCGUCACGCCGGCUCUGGAAAAGGCCACCGCCCAAGUGCACAUCAGCGAGAGCGUCGAGGAGCUGGAAAAGGACCCGGCCUUUGAUCGCCCUGAGUCCGUGGCCAGACCGGUCGCCCGCGCUUCGGCAUUUUUCAUCGGUCUCGCCAUGUGCCUCGCCAUUUGCCUCAUCUUCGGUGUCUAUAUUGGCCAGCUGAUUAGCGAGUGCCUACUGGACCACUCGUGGACGCGUUUGGCCCUCGUCGCCCCGAUACCGCUGUUGAUGUGUGUCAGCUUGUUCUUCUUCCAGGUCGUCUUCACCAACCUCUUCCAGAUGUUCGGCCCCAUCGGCGGCGUCAACACCAACUCAAGGUAUUACUCGUGUCAUAAGCCGUGCCUGCGCCGCGCCUAUGCGGACGGUUUCAUGCCCCCAAAAAUCACGAUCCAGAUGCCAGUCUACAAGGAGGGCAUGGAGUCGGUCAUCAUCCCCACGGUCCGCAGCCUCCAGGCGGCCGUUUCUUACUACGAAUCCCACGGGGGCUCGGCCAACAUAUUCAUCAACGACGACGGCCUGCGGGCCGGCCUUUCGGAGGAAGACGUGCAGAAGCGUCGCGACUUUUAUCAUGACAACAACAUUGGCUGGGUCGCUCGGCCCAAGCACAACGGCGAGGAAGCCUUUGUCCGCAUGGGAAAGUUCAAAAAGGCGUCCAACAUGAACUUUGCCCUCAACACCUCUCAGAAAGUCGAGGCCCACCUUCAGGAGGCGAUCGACGCCAAGCUUGCUUCUGGCGGAUCCGAUUUGAUAGACGAAUCUGAGGAGGCGGCCCUGUACGAGGCGGCCCUGUGUCGUGUUCUUGAGGAAAAUCCGCUGGUCUGGGCAGAGGGCGACAUCCGCGUCGGCGAGAUAAUCCUCCUCGUCGACUCGGACACCCGCGUGCCCGUCAACUCCCUCCUCUACGGCGCUGCCGAAAUGUACCUGUCACCCGAGACGGGCAUCGUCCAGCACUCGACCGGCGUCAUGCAGGUCUCGCGCGACUACUUUGAAAACGGCAUCACCUUCUUCACCAACCUGGUGUACACCUCCAUCCGCUUCUCGAUUGGUUCGGGCGAGGUCGCCCCGUUUGUCGGCCACAACGCGUUCCUGCGAUGGCAAGCGGUCCAAGACGUGUGCGUCAAGAGUGACGCCGACUAUGUCCCUUACUGGUCCGAGCACCACGUGUCUGAGGACUUUGACAUGGCUCUCCGCCUACAGAUGAAGGGCAACACCAUUCGCGUGGCCAGCUAUCACAACGACGAGUUCAAAGAAGGAGUCUCUCUCACCAUCUACGACGAAAUCACACGGUGGCAAAAGUACGCCUACGGCGUCAGCGAGAUGAUCUUCCAUCCCUUCCACCGCUGGAUGUUCAAGGGCCCCUUUACACCCCUCUUCUACACGUACCUGCGCUCCAAUAUCAUGCUCUCCUCCAAAAUCUCCAUCAUGGCCUACAUGUGCUCCUACUAUGCCCUCGGGAGCGCCCUGCCGUUAUCCGUCAUGAACUACUUCAUCGUCGGCUGGUUUCGCGACAACCUCGCCUCCUGCUACCUCACGUCUUGGAAUGUCUUCCUAUCGCUCGUCGUCGUCUUCAACGCUUCGAGCCCCGUCGCCCUCGCCAUCUUCCGCUACCGCACCGGCGAGCGCUCCCUGCUCGGCUCGCUCGUCGAGAACUACAAGUGGACGCCCAUGAUGACCGUCUUCUUCGGCGGGAUAUCCUACCACAUCAGCAUCGCCUUGCUCGCCCACCUCUUGCACAUCGACAUGGAGUGGGGCGCCACCGCCAAGGAGAAGGAGGACAGCAACUUUUUCCAAGAGAUGCCGCGCAUCUUCAAGACUUUCAAGUACAUGUACCUCAUCAUCUUUCUCCUCGUCGGCGCCAUGGUCUAUCUCGGGGCCUUUGCGCCCCCGGACUGGGCCAUUUCCGACUUUUCCGUCAUCAUACCCAUGGCCAUCAACCUUGGCUUCCACGCCCUGGUCCCGCUCGUUUUGAACCCGAGCUUGAUGGUCUUCAACUACUGA